AUUCCGUGGCUCAGAUCCAUACAGAAAAAAAUAUCUACCAUUCUCACACUCGUUCUUCAAUCUUAAAUACCACUACUAUCUUCAACCCACACCCAUCCUCACCAAAUCCACUCACUAAUACCACCACCACCACCAUGUCCGUGACCACCACCUCAACCGGCACCGCCGCCUCCGCCUCCUCCACCUGCAUCAACAAGCUCUACGACAUCCCCGUCAAAGAUGCCGCCUGCGCCAUGCCCAUGCGCAACAACAACUCCGCAAUCAUGAGCAGCUGCUGUGGCUCCGCCUCCAUCGUCUCCUACGACAGCUGCGACUACUACUGUCUGGCUCAGGACCAGACCGUCGGUACCCUGGCCGAAUGUCUCAUCAAGGCCUCCGAGGCUGGUGAGGUCUGGUGUAACACUAACGCCAACGCUACUGCUACCGGUAGCGUUCCUACUACUGGCGCUGGCACUAUCGUCUCGACUGCUACUGCUACUGGUGGCUCGUCUAGCACGGGUUCCAGCACUUCGAGCGGUUCGUCGGCUUCUUCGACUAGUGGGGCUGGUGUGGCGGUUACGAAGAAGAGUGUGGGUGUGUUGGCGCUGUUGUUCUUUGGGUCGACUGCGGGUUUCUUGUUGUAGGGGAUUAAUAUGAGGAAUUUAUACUAUUUAGGGGUGGUGCAGAUAUGUGGGUUUGGGGGGUUUAGAUGGCAUACUAUAGUAUAGAGCAGAGCAGGCUUGUACAGUAACUUGGGGAAAAGAUCGUCUUGAUUGAACCAUUUUGCUAGCGGAAGUCCGUCCUUCUUAGCAUUACUUUGAUCUUUCAUUU